GCAGUUGCAGGCAUCCAAGUUGCCGUAGUUCUACGCGUAAACGCACGCGCGCGCCACCAGCCAAAAAACCCACGACGUCCCGCCCCGGCCACCGCCCGCCCGCGCGCGCGCCUCCUCCCCCUCCCCUUCCCGUUGGCGGCAACUCGGCGUCCUCCAUGAGGCGUUUCCUGCCGGCCCGCGGCGGCGGCGGGGAGCCGUCGUCCUCGUCGUCGUCGGGCGGGCACCAGCGCAGGGAGCUCGCGGGCGAGGCGGGCCUGCGGUACGACGGAGGAGGCGACAUCUCGCUGGGGCACGGGCACGACGCUGGCGGCGGCCACCGCCGCCACCACCACCACCAGCUCGGCGGCGGCGGCGGGGGCCAGGCGGCGGAGAGGCAGCAGCAGGACGACGGGUCCAUGGACAUGCUGGCGCGGCACAGCAGCUCGCCGGCCGGCUUCUUCUCCAACCUCGUGGUGGACAACGGGUAUCCGGGCUCAAAAGGCGCCGGAGGCAGCGGUGGCGCCGAAGCCAGCGGCAGCGGCAGGAAGAUGAAGCCGUCCCAGUUCAACUUCACCCGGCCGCAGCCAGGCGGCGCCGCGGGCCACCUCUCGCAGAUCUCCGAGGACGGCGCCUUCCCGCCCGGCCUGGUUGGUGACCGCGCUGGCGAGAGUAGUAGCAGCGGUGGUGGCGCCGCCGCGGCGCGCUCCUUCUCCGGCGGGUUCUCCAUCGUCGGGCCGUGGGAGGAGUCCAGGGACAUCAUCGCCACCCUCGGCGCGUACGACUCUCAGUUUAGCGGCGCCAUGGCGGGCACGGCGCUGGAGAUGGCGGGCAUGGACAGGUACAUGCAGCUGCAGCCAGACCAGAUGCCGUUCAAAGUGCGCGCCAAGCGCGGGUGCGCCACGCACCCCAGGAGCAUCGCCGAGAGGGAGCGGAGGACGAGGAUCAGCGAGAAGCUCAGGAAGCUGCAGGAGCUUGUGCCCCACAUGGACAAGCAAACGAGCACCGCCGACAUGUUGGACCUUGCAGUGGAGCACAUCAAGGGCCUGCAGAGCGAACUGCAGGCUCUGAAACAUGAGCAGGAGAAGUGCACCUGCUGCAGAAAGCGCUGACGAUGCCUUUAUUUCCUCGAGAGGAAUUGAUGUACAUGGAUGAAGCUGUUUUAACAUCGUCAUUGAUAGAUUCUCUGCUGAGAGAGUCCUAAAUUUUAGUUAGCAGUUAGCACAUGGGAGUGCCGAUGGAGCAUGCAUGCAUAAUUGCUGUCAAAUGGGUGCAUGUGCAAAUUGUGCAUGCAUGAAUGGAGCUCCGCCAGCCGUUUCCAAGUAACCACACACCACCAGUGGUCAACUAGGCAGUGCAAGAAAGGGCAGAGGUUCUGUUCUGAUAAUUUGAUUGCUUUUGUGUGUGUUUCUGAUUGAUCUUUAACUUGAAUUUUAGAUCCCUUUUUAGUCCAUCUGAAAACAUUUUGCUAUUUGUAAGCUACCUGAUCUUGUUUUCUUAAGAGCAAAUUACUUUAAAAAUUUGUACAUGGUCAUUGAUUUUGUAUAAGGAUCAAAUGUGUUGUUUGACUGAAUGUUUAUUUCAAUGGAUGAACAAAGAUGCAGUAGCAGCAGCAAAGGAACCA